AUGCCAGAAACCUCUGUUCAGAAUCCAUUAAGGCUUUCUGAAAAUGAAAAUACUCGUUCGAUGUUUCUGUCUGCAUCACAGCAGCAGCGGCCAUCUGCCACUCCAUCCUUCCCUAGGUUGGUACGGAAUACCACAGCAAAUUUGAGUUUAUCAGAUUUUCAAGUGUUAAAUCCGUCUUCUAAAAGGCAAAAUUCAAACUCGGUUUACGAUGAUAUAAAUAGCAGUAAGAGGCGAAUAAGUAGACCUAGAUUUUCAGAUAUCGAAGGAAAAAAUAAUGACCAUACUUACCCAGAAAGAACAACAGUCAAGGAAUCAGAGAAAAAUCCUUCUCCCAGAUAUGUGAGUAGUUCGAAAAGGGCCCUGAAAAGGGAAAACUCAGUUGGAAUUACUCAAUCCUCUGCAUUGAUUUCGAAAUCAUUUAGUGAAAACGGCGGAAGCAUUGCACAUGAGAAAUGGAGCCCGGAAAAUAUGAUAAAACCACUGAACGUUUCACAGAAUUCGCUAGCUUUCGUGGAUGCAGGGUCAGAUGAACAGUCCAAGAGUGAAAUUGUAGGCGGUUUCCAGCGUAAAUCUAAUAAUAGUCAAGAAAUCAACGACAAGGAUAACAGUGCCCGAGAUCAGGAUUUCAAUAACAGUGGCAACAACAACAAUAAUAACAAUCACAGUAGCAAUAACAAUGACAAUAACAAUAAUAACAACGACGACAACAACAACAACAAUAACAGCAACAGCCGUGAUAAUAACAAUAAUAGUGAUGAUAGUAAUGAAAGGGAAGAAAAUGAUUCCUGCAAGCCAGCAAGUAAUAAGAGAUCGGGCAUUGCUCUAAUACAAAAAUUACAAGAAUUGUACAAAGUGAUAGUUAAGCAAGAAAUUGAAUUGCAGGAGCGGUGCUCACAACUAACAAACUCUCAAACCACCGAACUAAAAAGCUUGUGGACUAUCUAUAAAAUCAAUACAGAUCUUGUUAACAAUUAUGUCACUUUUAUCACUACAGCUUUACUACCAUCCCAACCGCCUCACGAUUUGGUCAUCGGCCAAGAAAUUGUCGAAAUAUAUAGGAUCGAAAGAAGGCUAUGGGUUUACGGCACGAUAACAUUUCUAGACGUUCUAAAGAACUUUUCUAACUUCAUGGAUCCUGAAGUUUGCUGCCAAUUUAUCACUCACGUCUUUGUUUCAUUAUCAACUAUGAUUUCUGACAUACCGUCCAAAUAUUCUAUCACUUGGUUACAAAGACUAGGAGACUUAUCAAGAAUGGCUAUAGCACUAUAUCCCUCGAGUUUUAUCGAUUGGAAACUGAGUGCUGAGCAUUGGUAUACUGAGGCGAUGAAAUACAUAUACAAUCAUGGAAAGCUAUAUUAUCAUAUGUCUACCGUACAGCAAAACACUCUUGAAGCUUUUGUAAAUUUGGGGAAAAGCGUCUUUUGUCAGGAAACAUUCACUCCGUCUCCGCAAUAUAUGCAAUUGGUUAUUGAUAACAUUUAUCAAAGAGCCUUUGUAGAAAGAAAUAAUGGCAAUCUUAGAAACUCUUUAUUAAUUGAGUAUUUGAAACAUAGUGAAGCCAUGCUAUUACCCAGUUUUUUAGAAAGUCCAGAUUUACAAAAUGUCGUGUUGAGCUAUUUCAUUGAAAAGUUCGGUAUAGAUGCAAACGGUUGUAACAUUUUUAACGCAGAAGAUAUGUUUGUUCAGAAUCCUGAUUUUUUCAAGUAUUUCUUCAGGCAUGGCCCCUCUUUUGCACAAUCGCAUAUUUUACAAAUUGUUGGAUUUGGAGAGCCAAAAAACCCAUUUGCAAUUUUAUUUGAAUUGCCGAAGUAUUUGAAGGAGAGGAAAGACAAGAAGGAACGUAAAAAAUCUUCAAAUAAUGACUCCUCCGUGACGGAAAGUUCAACGGGCAAUAGCCGAAAUGACAACGAAGAUGACGAUGAAAUAAUGAGUUCUACCACUUCCAUAUCUGAUCACGAUCUCUUAGCAGAAUUCUUCAAUGACAUCGAUACCUUAAGGCGUCCGAUACUGCCUUCAAUGCUAACAAACGAAGCAUGGUUGGAAACAUUAAAGUUUCUAAAUAUGACCUCAUUAAAAUGCGGUAUAAUAGUGCUUCGGAAGUUUCUACAUGGGCCUUUAGGUAUCGCAUUACCCCAUAUCUUACCAUGGAUAUACUUUAUCAUCUCAAUUUGUUUGAAAAGCAGCCAAUUGAGUGAUCCAGUUAGUAAAGAAUUCUGGAUGAUUAUUGUUAAGAGAGCUUUUCCAUGGGAUACAAUGGUUACCUUUAUGAAUGUUUUGAUUGUGUAUUUAUUGGAUAACCAAACAUCGAACUCUAUUAUUGGAGAUUUAUGCGAUGACUACGAUAAAUUAAGCCUUUCUGAACUUUUAGAAUUAUUCAAUGAAGGCGAAGAAUUACCAGAAAUUUUGGGCUGUUGGGGAACAUUGUGGUUUGACACAAUUUGCGAAAAGAAUACGCAUUCGAUUAGUAGUGAAGAUAAUUUUCAAGAAAUCGGUAUAAAAGAUUAUAUGGCAUUGGAUUCGCCGACAGAUGGAAUUAUAUUUGAUGAAAAGGACGAAAAUGGUGAAAAAUUCUGGAAAAGGGCAUGCAGAACCAUAUUUCUUUUUAGAGAGCUGUCAAGAAGUUUUCCAAUAGGCGUAAUAAUCAGAAACGAUCCGUUGAUAUAUCGUUCAUCAUUUCAAAAUACUAAUAUAUUGGGAAGUUUAGUCUUCAAACUCGAACCCUUGUGCAAUAUACACAACAAUAUACCAGUAUUAGGUGCCCUGGAAAGUAUUAUUGACAUAUCUGAGGCAAGAAGUGAAAACAACACUGAUCUGCACGCUGUGCCGGAACUAAGUGUCAACGAGGGCGAUAAUAUCUUCCACUAUGUUGGCUACAAGAAACUUCGUGCCGAUUAUACGUGCUUCGAUAAAAAUGGAGAAUUUUUAAGCGCCUCGCUUUACACUACAUGGUAUGUCCCGAACAGCAACAACACUAACAUAGAGGACAACAUCAAUUAUAACAGCGAAAAGGAAAAUGAAGGUCUAUUUCUGGAAUGUAUAAAAUCUGAUUAUCCAGAAAUAGAUUUUAAAACUACAUACUUUGUCUUUGAUGCAACUUCUUGGCUAAGACAUUCCGCACGCAUAUUCAAGCUAGCUCAAAACAGACUGCUAAGAUUUGCCAUUUGUUUAACCACAUUCCAAGAGCUGAGAUUUUUACGAAAGUCAAAGGACGAAAACGUCAUGGAGGCUGCCACAAGAGGUAUAAUAACUAUAAGGCAGCUUUACUAUGAGAAUAAAGUAUUACCCCUAAGAUUCACAGGUAAUGUAGCGACACACAUCGAAGAGAACUUAGAAUUUGAAGAACAAAUAACAUGGAGGACACAUGUCGACGAGUUUGUCAUCGAAUCCGUAAUGAAGGCGCAAGAAAAACUAGAGAGUGCCAGCGAACCGCGUCUUUCCCCUCGCCGCUUUAACUACGUAGUUCUGAUAUCUGACGACGACGCCAUGAAGAAAAAAGCAGAAGAAAAAGAAAUAAAAACGCUAAGCACACGAUUUGUGUUUUCUUUGUGCACAAAACUUGGCGAACAGCGCCAUCUGUGUACAGACUGA